UUAACGUCCAAAAAAGGCCUUAUUUUAUUUUAUGCUGUCAAAAAGUACAAACUGGAAUCUGUGACCAAUAAAUAAGUGAAUUUUCACUUAUUACUAUAAAAUAACAGUGAAGAACAGCAACCAAUAAAUAAUAAGUGAAUUCUGCAGUGAAUUAUUAUGUUAAAUAAUUAUUAAUAUUAAUAUCAAUGCAUCUAGUUCUCUCCGAAAUGUACAAUUGUACUGUAGCGAUAUCAUUAUAUAAUUAAUGUAAAUAAAGGGUUACCCAUUUACAACAGGUAAACAGCUGCUGUAUGUCUGAUAGAAACACUUUUAUGUAACCGCGCCGGUGAAGCGUUAUGAAAGCAGCAAGACCUGCGCGUGUCCGUGAAUGAAGGUGACGCUGUUAUUUGUGUUUAAUCCGCUGAUUUAUGUCUCAUUGCAUUGCAGCUAAGCUAAUAGCAGUCGACUGGAUCUCCUGCAGAGCUGCUGACCGACUGCAUUUGAAUGGGAUCCCGCUGAGCAAUUCUCAUCUAUGUUAUAGUUUAUUUCUACGGGAGCAUCAUGCUGUUGGAGGCUCAUCUUCGUCUCUGUCAAAGUUGUUUGUGGUUCUGUAAAAGUUCUCAGCGGCUGUUCUCACUCUGUACUGCGCACAGAUCAUCAACCAACUACUAUGAACUUCUCGGGGUGAAACCAGAUGCUACGUUGGAGCAAAUUAAGAAUGCAUUUUUUGACAAAUCCAAAAAGUUGCACCCUGACAGUGACCCAUCCAAUCCUGGUCUUCACAGUCAGUUUGUGCAGCUGAACGAGGCGUACAGGGUGCUGAGCAGAGAAGGGUCCAGGCAAGAUUAUGACCUCAGGCAGAGGUACCAGUACACUGCAGGUCCGGCCUUCAGAUCGUCCAGCUCCCCCAACAGCCCCAGUGCGGAGGCUGCAGAGAGCAUGCGUUACUGGGAGCAGUUCAGACAGGCCCAGCCUCAGGAGAACACGGCUGAGGAGCGGGAAAAGAGCAAGAAACGUAACAUGCGUUUGGUGGGCUACUGCGUGCUAACCAUGGUACUUAGUCUCUCCGUGCAUUACUUUGGGUUCAGGAAAUUGGAAGAGGUCCAUAAUAACUUCAUGGAUGAGAAGGAUAGAGUCAUCAAUGAGAUCUACAACACAUCCAAAGAAAGAGCCAGAGUGAAUGGCUUCAAGAAGCAGCAGGAGAUCUUGAGACAGAAGCACGCCGAGUUCCUGGAGAGAUACAAGAUCCGCAGUAAUGGAGAAGAGAAAUAAAUCAAGGAGAAGACAGAUCUAGAAGAAGCUCAUCGCACAGGGUUAUGGAGAGAGUGCAGGUUUUGGAUGAAUGUUGAAGUGUGAAUUGUAUUUUGUGUUCAUAGUUUUUAUCAAAUUUUCUAGGGGUCACAGUGUGUCAAAUUCACGAACGCAGCAAUGUUUCGGCCCUGGUACUUUCACCCAACUGUGACAAAUUAAGGUCACAUGGGAUGCAAGGCAAUUCAGGCUGAUUAUAGGCCAACAUUGCUUCUCAUGAAGUGUUUUAAACACCUGUACUCUUACUGUAUUUCCUGUAUUUACAGACGACAUUGUAACGGCACCUGGAAAGGGUGUUAUGGAAACAUUGCAUUCCUGAUAAAGUAGUUCAUCAAAACACUGUACAUUGUGCACUUUGUUAAGCUCAAUGUGUGUGUGUGUGUGUGUGUGUGUGUGUGUGUGUGUGUGUGUGUGUGUGUGUGUGUGUGUGUGUGUGUGGGAGAGAGAGUUUCUCAUGGAAUAAUGUUAUACAGAUGGGCAGAUCAGUGCUGUCCAGUGCGUUUUAUUUCAGGUGCUGGGUUUUUUCCAACUAUUUUGAAUGCAACAUCAACUAAUCUUAUCUUGAACAGGAAGUGAAUGGGUCUUUGGCAAGUAAUGAGAAGUUUCUUUUACUCAUGUAAUAAAUCCAGGCUGCAUAUCAAAUGUAUUUUCAAGUUAUUUUACAGCAAGAUUAUAUUAAACAAGACCCUUAUUCUGGAUCCAAACUUUUACUCAGACCCCUGUUGUCACAAGGCAUAGAUCCCAAAAAUGAAGUCUUUUUAGAUACCCAAGUCAUUGCCUUUUUUGAAGAAUGGAAAAGUAUUUAAGGAUUUGACUUUUUAAUGUAGGUUCUGCAUUAGACAUUCACCAGAGUGCCUUCAUCUUUAUAAAUCAAAUAUCGAUUUUGUGUGAAUCAAUCUAAUGCAGGCCUUAAUGUCAUUGGGUUUUGAUGUGAUCAAUAAUUAAAGAUGAUAUUGAUCUCAGUUAUGUAAUGUUUUUCAUCUGCAUGCAUUUUUGUGUUUCUAUGGAUUUUUUUUGCAAACUUCUUCACUGUUCUAAUACACAACCAUUGAAAUGUUUCGGGUUGUUAAGAUUUUUUUUAUGUUUUUGAAGGAAGUCUUUAAUGCGCACCAAGUCUGCAUCUGUUUGAUCAAAAAUGCAGUUGUAUCAUGACAAUGCUAAUGUAUUUGGUCUUGGUUGAAUAGAUCUGCUAUGCUGCUGCUGUUGGUUAUUGCUGUUGUUGUAGAUUACCGCUACAACACAAGUACAAGAACUUGAUACUGCUAUUACAUGCACAGAUAUGGUGCUGUGAGCAUACUGCUGUUGCACAAGUAGCAUACAUAACUCGAAGCAGAUCUGUACAGGUGGAGCUGGGGAAGGUGGAGGGUUUCAGAUGAACUCUGUAAGUGUUCUAUGCUCCAGUGGAUGCUAACUAGCCAUUCAAAUGUAAAGCAGCAAGCUGAUUGGCUCUGUAUGCAACAUGAACCAAUCAUCUUGGGCCAGAUAUAAUGUGUGAAUAUCAUCAGUUUACAUUAACGAACCAUAAGCCUGUGCCAUCUAGAGAUUUAUGACAGAACUUGGCAUCAAAAACGUUUUAAUAUUGUGAAAUACUGUUGCAGUUUGAAGUAGCUGUUUUGAUUUGAAUGCAUUUUAAAAUGUCAUUUAUUCUGUGAAGUCAAAGCUGAAUAUUCAGCAGUCAUCAUUACGUCAGUCUUUUUUCUAUUCAAAAACACCAAAAUAAUUCAUAAGCUUAUUUGCUGCUUUAUUAUUAUUGUAAGUGUUGAAAAUGUAGAUUUUUGAUCAUGAUAUAAUUACUUCACAAUCCUUUGGUGAAUAAAACGUUGGAAAUAACAGCAUUUAUUUGAAAUGGAAUGUUUUUGUAGCAUAAUAGAUCAUUCUUGCUGAAUAAAACAUAAAUAAAUAAUAACACCAUAAUUUUGAUCCAUUGCCUAUACUUUCAAAAGCAUUAUGAUAUUUGCUACUGUAAGUUAAGCAACACUUUUGCUAUUGCAUAUUUGAUUUGACUCGUUUUUCACCUUGGGGAUGAUAAAACAGAUUAAAACUUGCUCUUGCCCAUUGA